CAGAGUCCCCACGCCCCCCUCAGAUCCUCAAAGCCUCCAUUGACCGCUGCCCAGAAAUCUCAUAGGAACCCGGCAGAGACCCUCACAAACCCAGACUCCCACAGAUAUCUUCAGAUUCUACCCAAAUACUCGCUCACAGAGAUCCCGCAACUCUCCCUUUUCAGAAGUGAAUCCUCUGGGUUCGUCCCCUCCCGGUCCAGUGCAGCCCCUCAAGGAGACCUCACCCACCGGGGAGGUGACCAUGGAGAGCUGUUGCCAUGGAGACUACGCGGCGGCGUUCUGGUUGCCCCGGUGACCGAUCCCUCCUCUCCCCGCUCCGGGUUCCAGAGGCUUCAGUCAAGCCCCUCACUUCAGUCAAGCCCUGGACCCCGUGGUCCCCCCGCCCCUUACCCUCCCUUCCCGAGGCCAGCAUAGAGCUCCUUUGCAAAGAUCUGCAGAUGUCCAAGUCCCUCCCCAAAUAGUAGAGUCUCGGGCAAGGCCUUUUACCACUCAGCGCCUGCAGCUGGGGCUCAUCCACAACCAAGAGCCUUUCCCUCUCUCGGGACCAACAUUUGCCCUACCAUCCUAAGGCAAGAUUCCGACCUGAGGACUUGGAACAACCAAGCCAAAGCUCAGAGGCCCUUCAGCCCAAGUCCACAUGGAUACAUCUGCAAAGCAGAAGGAAGAAGCAGGAGAGGACGAGGAUGGAAUGGAAACCAGUCACCGCGCUGCUCACACACCCCAGCCUGGACACCAGCUGGGCAAAGAGAAGCGGAAGAAAGGAGUUAGCUGUUACACAGUCCACCCAGACAUCCCUGCUAAGCAGGCAGAGGUGGUGGAAGUGGCUAAAGCAGUGCACAGACAGCAGUUUGGUGCUCAGGUGAAUCAUCUUUUCCAGUGGGAGAAAAAUGCAUCCCUCAAUGCCAUCCAGACAGGUCUCUACAUCGGCUGGCGCUGCCCCCAUUACCUAUGGGACUGUUUCCGGAUUGGGGAUGAGUCCAAGUGCUUUUGUGGUCACUUGCUGAGAGAGCACCAGAUCAUCUCAGACAUAUCCGUACCCUGCCAUGUGAGCCAGUGCCGCUGCCUCAUGUUCUGCUUUAUCCCGUCACGCCCAGAAGAGGUGGGUGAGUUCUGGCUCAAGAGACGGGCCACCUUCGACCCCAAGGCCUGGAGAGCCCAAUGUCGCUGCAAACAUAGCCAUGAAGACCAUGCAGCCACUGGGCCCCAUCCCUGCAGGCAUCAUGGCUGUUGCUGCAACUGUUUUGAGUCUAAUUUCCUCUGUGCGGCCUGUGACCGGUGCUGGGAGGAACAUGAGACUUUCUUUGAGACCAAGGAGACCCGGCGACGAGGAGGAAGGCCUCAAGGGACAGACACUGUCAACAACUGGCGCAGGCCUUUGUGAGCCUGGACCAGAUCAGCAAUAAAGAAGUCAC